AGAGUAUCGUGUGCCGGGCUUCAAUGACCUCAAGAGUGCAGCAUCUGUAACUUUGGGCUCGUUGCACUAGAGAACAUUUUCACCGAAGAGCUGGGGACUAAUUUCAGCAGCUACGUCCGUUGCAAUUGCUAGUAUAACCCAUCAAACCCGUCUCGCACGGAACUGGAUGCUAACAACUGCAUCGUCCCCAGCUAGUCCGCCGCUAUGUUUGUUCUUUUGAUAAGCAUCAAUAAAAAAUUUAAAAAAAUAAAAUAAAAAAAGCUAGUCCGCCGCUUUUACUGCGUUGCCAUUGACCCCUAAUGACCUGCAGAGACGCGAGAAAUGAUUGGUGGGGAAACCGGAAACCGGAAGAAGUUGGAGUGUUGUCAGAAGAGCAAUGGAAGACAAAGGAGAAGGCGCUGCUUUCAAAAAGGAAACGGUUAACAAACUGCUGUCAUUGUUCUUUAAAGACGAGAAAACUAGAGUCAGCAGUGAUGCCUUAAUCCUUAUGGCAGAGAUGUUGAAGGUGUUUGUACAAGAAGCUGCGGAGCGAUCGGUGAAGCAGGCAGUGACUGAAGACAGCGAGAGUGUUGACAUCGAUCACUUCGAGAAGAUCCUGCCACAGCUGCUUUUGGACUUUUAGUGUCGUUCACCGUGCUGGGCCACUAGAAGGCGCCCUUAGCAUGAAUCGACCGUCCCUGGAAGUGAUAUUUCACUAUGUUCUGGUGAUUUGUGCAGCGAAUACAUUCAUUUCCAAGGGCUGAAGCAUUUCAUUCUUUUGAUCUGUUUUGUUUAAUCUUUGGAAGGCAGUUAUUUCCAUAGUUACAUUAAUGAAAUUACUAAGAGACAGCUAUACAACAUAAAAUUUAAGAACCCUUUCAGGACUCUUUUGUAAACCUAAAUUAUUUUUUUAAAGAAUCUAAACAACAAUAGGUCAUUUACUUUACACAGAGUGUUCGGUGACCAAUAACCAGGCUUCCAACCUUCCAACCUACAAUUUGUGGUGUACGGCACUGUUCCACCAGUGCUUUACUUUAAUUGUGUGAAUGUAGACUAUUUGUGUGUGUUUUAAGUGCACUGUACUUUAACAACAAUAUUUCUACACAGGAAACCCUUUCAAACCAUUAAUAAAGAUAUAUACAACACAAAGAAGCACAAUAAUA